UUUUCCAGAAAUAUAAAGAUCCCUAUCGAUUGUUGUGAUCAAGAGAUCCAGUGACAAACUUCAAAAUAUAAUUUGGAUAAAAUGUAAAAGAAAGAAUUAACUAACAGUGAUUCAAUCGAGCAUGCUUCAAAAAUGGAUGAAAAAGCCUUUGGUAAAAGACAAGAAACGAAAAAAGGCAGAAAAUCUGGAAAAAUCUUUCCUCAAAAUGGCAGUUUAACUCCAAAUGGCGAAUAUCGCCGGACUUUACAGUUUUGGUGACCGUGGCGGAGGUCCCUGUGAUGGCGAGCAUUCAACCAAUAGAAACAAUUUUAAACUAAACUUUGUGAAGAAAGGACGGAUUGAUGUGGGGAAUGGAUGGUUUACUGGUCUCAAAGGUUUACUUGAUCACACUGAAACUCCUGUAUCCGGGACAGCAGUGACAGCUUUAACAGCUGAUGUACAGGAUACAGCUGCAGAGCAACAAAAAAAUUCGUCCCUACCUAAGAUCUCUAUUGGGGAAGAUGAAGGUGUUCAUCAGAAUCCACAGUACACUGGACAGCAUCACUUCCAUCCUGUAGCUCAUGAUCAUCAUUCAUGCGAACGGGUUAUAGUCAACGUGAGUGGACUUCGAUAUGAAACCCAGAUACGCACAUUAAACCAAUUCCCAGAUACCUUACUAGGCGAUCCUUCCAGACGAAUCAGAUAUUAUGAUCCUGUGCACGAUGAAUAUUUCUUUGAUCGGCAUCGGAAUUGUUUCGAGGCAAUCAUAUAUUAUUAUCAGAGUGGUGGCAGGUUAAGAAGACCGGUGAAUGUACCUCUAGAUAUUUUCUCUGAAGAAAUUCAGUUUUAUGAAUUGGGAGAAUCAGCUAUUAAAAAAUUCAGAGAGGAUGAAGGCUUUAUUAAAGAUGAAGAAAAACCACUUCCAACCAAUGAUCUUCAGAGAAAAGUUUGGUUACUACUAGAGUAUCCUGAAUCCUCCCAGCAUGCUAGAAUAGUAGCAAUCAUAUCUGUAUUUGUUAUUUUACUGAGUAUCUGUAAUAUUUAUGUGCCUGAUGUGACUGAUCCUUUCUUUAUCGUGGAAACCUUGUGCAUAAUUUGGUUUACAUUCGAGCUUCUAGUUCGGUUUCUAGCCUGCCCUAGCAAAAUGGAGUUUAGUAAGGAUAUGAUGAACAUGAUAGAUCUAGUCGCUAUCAUUCCAUACUUUAUCACCUUAGCAACUAUAGUAGCAGAGAAGGAGGAGGAGAUAGCCCCCAAACCAGCUGUGAUGCCCCAUCAAAACAAUCAGAAUCAAGCCAUGUCAUUAGCUAUAUUGCGAGUGAUUCGACUAGUUCGAGUUUUUAGAAUAUUCAAACUUUCAAGGCAUUCAAAAGGUCUCCAGAUUCUUGCGAGAACACUAAAAGCAUCAAUGAGAGAACUCGGACUUGUUAUGUUUUUUCUUUUUAUAGGAGUUGUGUUGUUUUCGAGUACAGUUUACUUUGCAGAGGCGGGAUCACCUAAAUCUCAAUUUAAAUCUAUACCUGAUGGUUUCUGGUGGGCGGUAGUCACCAUGACUACAGUGGGAUAUGGAGAUAUGACGCCUGUGGGUGUAUGGGGCAAGAUAGUGGGGUCUUUGUGUGCCAUUGCCGGGGUUCUGACAAUCGCUCUACCAGUUCCCGUCAUCGUGUCCAACUUCAACUAUUUCUAUCACCGUGAAACCGAUCAAGAAGAAAUGUUAUCUCAAAAUUUUAAUCACGUCCAAAGCUGCCCUUACCUUCCUGGACACUUAGGGGAAAGUUUACGGAAGCCUCCGUUAGGUGACAGUUCCUCCGAUAUAAUGAAUAUGGAGGAGGGUAGUAUACUCUUUAAGGAUUGUGUAGAUAUAUCUAAGGGAAACUGCGUCUCCAAGCACAACAACAUCAAUUCUGUUAGUAUUGAAACAGAUGUGUGACAGAACGGCAUUACAGCUGGGAACCACCUGCCUCAAAUAUAUUCAUAGACUUGUGCCAACCUAUCAUUCAAUCAAUUAACCACGAUGAUGCAAUGAACCUUAACUAUGUAAUCUCCUCAACCUCAAACCUGCAGCAGGUGUAAACUCAGCCAUUAUAGACCACCCCAAAAUUGUCCAAUUAAAACUUUAAAAUGCCCAAAAAGAAGUUCAAAUAUUCUAUGGGUUCCUACACCCCUCUUCUCUUCCUCCUGGUGAGACGGAUGAAGAACAUUGAGGUGAAACCCAGUAAUCUGAUGGUGCAGUUGGUGCAGAAUGCACUCCGCUCAAAAUUAAAAGAAGAUUCAAUAUGUGAAUUUUCAAGUGCAGUGGGAUCAGUUUUCCAAACUACUGAAUCCUGGUAGACUUUUUACCUCUAGAGAAUACUUUAAAGUUUACAGGAAAAUAAUAAUGAAACUUAUUUAAAACCAUUUUUCUGUAAAAGUGAUGUUUUCAAAAGAAAUGGUUUUAUAACGUGCAAUCAUCAACUGAUGCACUUAAUUUAAAAAAAACUUGAUUCUCAUGUUCGCAGUGCAGAGGUAAAAUAAUGAUAAUUAGCUCAAUACUGACCUCGAAAAGGCGGACGAAAAAAGACCAUCUGUUAAAUGGAUGAUUGAAGAAUUGUGAAAAUUUAAACCGUAUAAGGAAACCACACACCGAUCUUAUCCAGUCCCAGAGACGUUGUUGAUAGUAAAUACUGUGAUGUUUGAGAGGGGGCAAUUGAUAUGUACUGUACUGCACAUAUCUUUUAUGUACAGAUAGUGUUGUACAGUUGUACAGUGUACACACAAAUGAAAAAAGCUAUUUUAUAUUUUCCAUUUGUUCAUUAUCUGAGUCUACAACAAAUACAAAUAUUUUCUAUUCCCCCAACCUGGAAGUACUUAGUGACCAAAAAAAAUCACUGAUUAGGGUUUUUAAGCUCCGAUCUAGAUUUAAAUUUUGGAAAGGGGUCAUUUGAAUAAUUUUCUGCUGUCUGAUGCUUCCAUUUGUUGAAACUAUGUAAAAUAUUAAAGCCCUCUCUCUCUAUUUCUACAGAUAUUACUUAAACAAGAUCCUGUGAGUGGGAAUAUAUGGACUGUCCUCUAUUUGUGAAUAUUGGCUGUCCUCUAUUUGUGAAUAUUGACUGUCCUCUAUUUGUGAAUACGACCCUUGUAAAUAUAAUCGUCGAAACAAACUUGUGAUAAAUCAAGGACGCCUUUUCUUCCUUUUUUUAUUUGGACAAAACCACAGCCUUUUCCCUCUAUUGUCACACCUGUUAAUUAAUGCAUUAGCACAAUAUGUUUUUUAGCUUUUGAUACUAUUCACCUAGUUUUGGUUUAAUCUUUUCUUAUUCAGCUAAUUCCUCAUUUCAAAAGUCAUUUUCCUGUCCAGGAAACAUAAACAAAAAAACAUUAAAUUAUUUUCAGAUUUUCCUAUCUCAGCUCUUCAAGAUUUUAUUACAAAUCAAGCAGUUCCAAAGAUAGAGUCUUCAAUGGUUGCAAUUUUCUCAUAAGAAUUUUUAAACCAAGAACCAAUCUUAUAUUUUUAUUAGUUUUAACACAGAAAAAUUUAUAUUAUUUUUAUGAUCAUUAAAUUAUAGAGAAUCUUAUGAACUGGAGGGAAGGACUUUUUUCUAAAGUGCAAUUUUUUGGAUUAUGUUUUUAAAAUUUUUUUUUUUGAUUGAUCGUCAAGGAAUAUACUUUUGAGAUCUUUUGUUUAUCUUUGACCGAAGAUAGUUAAAAUACAUUUUUGGUUUUCUUUAUCCCUCGAUCUUUAACUUUUUGCUUUGCUGAUCAAAUUAAAGAUAAUCCUUUAAAGGCUUGCCCACACCUCACUGAGCUUUCAUGCUAAUUUUUCUUACUAUUUUGUUCUGCUUUUAAGAGAAAUUAAAUUGCUUAAAGGAAAAUCACGAAUUUUACAAAUUUGCUAAUAUUGCUAUUUUCCAACUAUUUGAUCUAAAAAGCAUACUAUAAUCGAUUGUACAGGUCUGAACUAUGAACCUUGAACUCUCAGUGUUAUUGUCCGUCUAGCUCCAACUGUUGAUAGUAAUCUAUGUACUAUACUUCCGACUGUAUGAACUGUACUGUACCAAACUAUAUUUGCUCAGCUUGUUAAGACCUCUCUACUCCUGUAUAUUUGAUGUUUAAAUGUGUAAAGUAUACAGGAGACACCGUGUGUUUAAUGUUUAUUCAACUUUAUUCAAUAUUUAUUGCUAAAACACAUACAAUCAGUUAAUAAACACAAAGUGAUAAUUCUAAAAUAUU